AUGGAGCCACCUUCGAAAAAAGCGCGAACUCUCUGGGAGGAGGACUCCAGUGAGUCAGGGGAUGAAUCGGGUGGUGUUUCACUUACCAAGGGCUCAGAGGCGGAGUUCAAAAUCAAUGAAGAUUAUGCCCGCCGGUUCGAGUACAAUAAGAAGAGGGAGGAGGUGCAGAAACUCGAAUCCAAGUAUGGCAAAGUCUCUGGGCUAGGCAAGCAACGAGCCGACGAGGCCUCAGAUGAAGAUUCUUCCUCGGACGAGGAUGAAGACGAUGAUGGUGAGCUUGUCACCGAAGCGGUUGACGCUGAGAUCAUGGCAACUCUCAAAGCAAUUCGCGAGAAAGACCCUCGGGUGUACGACGCAAAUGCCACGUUCUACACGCAACUAGACGACGAUGCCGCCAAUGCCCCCAAAGAAAAAAAGGAAAAGCCGAUUACUCUACGAGACUACCAUCGCGAGAAUCUUUUGAACGGAGUUGAUGCCGCUGAAGAAGAAAGCAAAGAGACGAUCAAGACUUUCGCUCAAGAACAAGCCGAAUUGAAGGAUGCGUUGGUCAAGGAAAUGCAUGCGGCUGAUGCGGAUGAAGACAUGGAAGACGCUGAUGACAACUUCUUGGUCCGCAAAUCUGGUGGGGCCGACGUUGUUCCUGAGAAGGAGGUCAAGCUGGAUAUUGAGAACGCCGACAAGGACCCCGAAACAUUCUUGUCUAACUUCAUGUCCGCUCGCGCUUGGAUCCCCGAGGGGGGCCGACGAGAGCUUCACCCAUUCGAGUCAGAUGAUGACGAGGAACUCGACCGCGCCGAUGCCUUUGAGGAGGCGUACAACUUCCGCUUUGAAGAUCCCAAUAAGCUGAAUGAGAAGAUUAUGACGCACGCUCGUGACACCACCAACAGUCUGUCUGUUCGUCGAGAGGAGAAGAGCGCGCGCAAGAAGAUCCGCGAAGCUGAGCGCGAGGAAUUGCAGAAGAAGGUGGCCCAGAUCAAGGAGGUGGCGGGCCUACGAGCCGCUAAAUUCACCGACGAAGAUUGGGCGCAUUUCCUUGAUGAGGCCUGGGACGACAACGAGUGGGAGAAGGAGAUGCAAAAGCGCUUCGGUCAGGAAUACUACGAAGAGCCCGAAGACGAAGGCAAGAAACAUCCUAAGAAGCCUACCUGGGAUGAUGACAUUGAUAUCAAGGAUCUGGUCCCCGACUAUGAUGACGAAGAAGAAGCUGCUCAGCUUGCCAUCGACUCUGACGAAGAUGAGGAGCAACAUGGUGAUGAUGAUGACGCCGGUUCUGCGCCCGGGACGAAGAAGAAGAGCAAGGCUGAACUGAAGCGAGAACAGAAGCGUGAUGCUCGUAAGGAAAAAUUGCGAAUUGAGGAGGCCAUUGAACGCAACUUGGAUCUCGACAUCACUCUCCUUCCCGGUGCCACCAAGAAGAAUUCCACUCGUUUCCGCUACCGCGAAACCUCUCCUCAGAGCUUCGGUCUGACCGCGCGCGAUAUCUUGAUGGCCGAUGAUAAUCAGCUCAAUCAAUUCGCUGGCCUCAAAAAGCUUGCCUCAUUCCGUGAUCCCGAAAAGAAAGCCAAGGACGAGCGAAAACUCGGAAAGAAGGCUCGCCUGCGCCAGUGGCGUAAGGACACUUUCGGCAGCGAAGAAGGACCAAUUAUUCAGCUCUCUGCUCAUCAGCCUGCGAAUGAUGCAGCGAAGCAUACAGACCACGAUGAGGCCAAGGUGGAUAUUCGUGAAGGUGACGGUAGCGGCAGGAAGAAGCGAAAGCGCUCCAAGAAGCACUAA